CCGCGUCUCCCGCGGUCUCGUCAGCGGCAGCGGCGGCGGCGAGAGCGAGGCGAGGCGGCGCGCGGGCCAGCCAUGGAGGCGGACGGGGCCGGGGAGCAGAUGCGGCCGCUGCUGACCCGGGGUCCUGAUGAAGAAGCAGUUGUGGAUCUUGGAAAAACCAGUUCAACCAUUAACACCAAAUUUGAAAAGGAAGAACUAGAAAGCCAUCGAGCUGUGUAUAUUGGUGUACAUGUCCCUUUUAGUAAAGAAAGUCGUCGACGCCAUAGACAUCGUGGGCACAAGCAUCACCAUCGAAGAAGAAAAGACAAAGAAUCAGAUAAGGAAGAUGGCCGUGAAUCUCCUUCUUAUGACACACCAUCCCAGCGUGUCCAGUUUAUCCUUGGUACUGAAGAUGAUGAUGAAGAACACAUUCCCCAUGAUCUCUUCACUGAAAUGGAUGAACUUUGUUAUAGGGAUGGUGAAGAAUAUGAAUGGAAAGAAACUGCUAGGUGGCUAAAAUUUGAAGAGGAUGUUGAAGAUGGCGGAGAUCGAUGGAGCAAACCUUAUGUGGCAACCUUGUCUUUGCACAGUCUGUUUGAGCUGAGGAGCUGCAUCCUGAAUGGAACUGUUAUGCUGGACAUGAGAGCAAGCACUCUGGAUGAAAUAGCAGAUAUGGUUCUGGACAGCAUGAUCGCAUCCGGCCAGCUGGAUGGUUCCAUGAGAGAGAAUGUCAGGGAGGCUCUUUUGAAGAGACACCAUCACCAGAACGAGAAGAGGUUCGCGAGCCGCAUCCCCCUCGUGCGGUCUUUUGCAGACAUAGGCAAGAAACAUUCUGACCCUCACUUGCUUGAGCGGAACGGGGAAGGCCUUUCAGCCUCCCGCCACUCUUUACGAACAGGUCUAUCUGCUUCAAAUCUUUCACUGAGAGGAGAAUCACCUUUGUCCCUUCUCAGUCAUCUUCUUCCUUCUUCGAGAGCUGGGACUCCGGCAGCCUCAAGGUGUACAACCCCAGUCCCCACCCCUCAGAACAGUCCACCCUCCAGUCCUAAAAUCAGUCGACUGGAUUCCAGAAGUUCUCAGCAGAGUCAGCUUCAGGUCCCAGAACUUCUGAUUUCAUCUUCCAGUGAUGAUAUCCCCACAGUAGUAAUUCAUCCACCUGAGGAAGAAGUAGAAGCACUGGAAUGCCAGGAGCAGAAGGAGGAGGAAAAUAGUGACAUGAGCCCAGGCAUUUUGGCAUCUCCACAGUCAGCACCUGGAAACUUGGACAAUAGCAAAAGUGGAGAAGCUAAAGGUAAUGGAACUGGAGGAAGCAGAGAAAAUAGUACUGUUGACUUCAGCAAGGUCGACAUGAAUUUCAUGAGGAAGAUUCCUACGGGAGCUGAAGCAUCCAAUGUUUUGGUGGGAGAAGUGCAUUUUUUGGAAAGGCCCAUCAUUGCAUUUGUGAGGCUGUCCCCAGCCGUCCUCCUCUCUGGCCUGACUGAGGUUCCGGUGCCCACCAGGUUUUUGUUUCUAUUACUGGGCCCCUCAGGCAAGGCCCCUCAGUACCAUGAAAUUGGGAGAUCAAUAGCUACCCUCAUGACAGACGAGAUUUUCCAUGAUGUUGCAUAUAAAGCAAAAGAUAGAAAUGACCUCCUUUCUGGAAUUGAUGAAUUUUUAGACCAAGUAACUGUUCUGCCUCCAGGAGAGUGGGACCCUUCUAUACGCAUUGAGCCACCAAAGAGUGUGCCUUCUCAGGAAAAGAGGAAGAUCCCUAUAUUUCCAAAUGGAUCUACACCUACAUCAGGUGAGAUGCAGAAAGAGGAGGGCCAUCAUGCCGGACCAGAACUGCAGAGGACUGGCAGGCUUUUUGGUGGUUUGAUACUUGACAUCCAAAGGAAAGCACCUUUUUUCUUGAGUGACUUCAAGGAUGCACUAAGCCUGCAGUGCCUGGCCUCGAUUCUUUUCCUAUACUGUGCCUGUAUGUCUCCUGUAAUCACUUUUGGAGGGCUCCUUGGAGAAGCUACAGAAGGCAGAAUAAGUGCAAUAGAGUCUCUUUUUGGAGCAUCGUUAACUGGGAUCGCCUAUUCAUUGUUUUCUGGGCAGCCACUUACAAUCUUAGGAAGUACAGGACCAGUUCUUGUAUUUGAAAAAAUAUUAUUUAAAUUCUGCAAAGAUUACGGUCUUUCCUAUCUAUCACUACGGACCAGCAUUGGCCUCUGGACUUCCUUCUUGUGCAUUGUCUUGGUAGCAACAGAUGCAAGCAGCCUUGUGUGUUACAUCACUCGGUUUACCGAAGAGGCCUUUGCAGCUCUCAUUUGCAUCAUAUUUAUCUAUGAAGCUUUGGAAAAGCUCUUUCAUUUAGGAGAAAUCUAUGCUUUUAACAUGCACAACGACCUAGACAAACUGACAUCCUAUUCAUGCUUGUGUACUGAGCCUCAGAAUCCUAGCAAUGGAACGCUCCAGGAGUGGAUUGAGAUGAAUGAGUCAGCACAGUCAAUUUCAUGGGGCAACCUCACUGUUUCUCAAUGUAAAAAAUAUCAUGGUGUCUUAUCGGGCCCAGCCUGUGGUCUUCAUGGGCCCUAUAUUCCUGAUGUGCUCUUCUGGUGUAUCAUCUUAUUCUUCACAACAUUUUUUCUCUCAUCAUUCCUGAAGCAAUUUAAGACCAAGCGUUAUUUUCCUACCAAGGUCCGAUCAACGAUCAGUGAUUUUGCUGUGUUUCUCACAAUAGUAACUAUGGUUACCAUAGACUACCUUGUAGGUGUCCCUUCUCCUAAACUUCACGUUCCUGAAAAAUUUGAGCCUACUCAUAAAGAUAGGGGCUGGAUAAUCAGCCCACUGGGUGAUAAUCCAUGGUGGACGUUAUUAAUAGCUGCUGUUCCAGCACUGCUUUGUACUAUUCUCAUUUUCAUGGAUCAACAAAUCACAGCAGUCAUUAUAAAUCGAAAAGAGCAUAAGCUGAAGAAAGGAGCUGGAUACCAUUUGGAUUUGCUUAUGGUUGGCGUGAUGUUGGGCGUUUGCUCAAUUAUGGGUCUACCAUGGUUUGUGGCCGCAACAGUUCUGUCCAUAAGUCACGUAAACAGCUUAAAAGUGGAGUCUGAAUGUUCUGCUCCAGGAGAACAACCGAAGUUUUUGGGAAUCCGGGAGCAGCGUGUUACAGGCUUACUCAUUUUUGUUUUGAUGGGGCUAUCUGUGUUCAUGACUUCUGUAUUAAAGUUCAUUCCAAUGCCAGUUCUCUAUGGUGUUUUUCUUUAUAUGGGAGUUUCUUCACUAAAAGGCAUUCAGUUUUUUGACCGCAUCAAAUUAUUUGGAAUGCCUGCUAAACAUCAACCGGAUCUAAUAUAUCUGCGUUAUGUACCACUCUGGAAGGUCCACAUCUUUACAGUCAUACAGCUCACCUGUUUGGUGCUCUUAUGGGUGAUAAAAGCUUCAGCUGCUGCAGUUGUUUUCCCCAUGAUGGUUCUUGCUUUGGUGUUUAUACGCAAAUUAAUGGACUUGUGUUUUACUAAACGAGAACUGAGCUGGCUUGAUGAUCUCAUGCCAGAAAGUAAAAAAAAGAAAGAAGAUGACAAACAGAAGAAGGAAAAGGAGGAGGCUGAACGGCUGCUUCACGCUGAUGACAGUGACACUGUGCACCUUCCAUUUGAAAGGGGGAGUCUCCUGCAGAUUCCUGUCAAGGCCCUCAAGUACAGCGUUGAUCCUUCAGUUGUUAACAUAUCAGAUGAAAUGGCCAAAACCGCCCAGUGGAGAGCCCUUGCCAUGAGCACCGAGAGCGCCCGAGCAUCCAGGCCGAGUAUGAGCUCUUUACAGCUCAUCUUUCCCUCUUCACCUUUCCUCUCAUCUUCCAGUCAACAUUUUGACCCGGUUUGGACACCCCCGAGCCCAGAAAAACCAGUGAGUGUGAAAAUAAAUCUCGAAGAUGAACCUACAAGGAAAUAUGUGGAUGCUGAAACUUCAUUAUAGAACUAAACCAAGAAGAAGUGUGUGUGUGUGUGUGUGUGUGUGUGUGUGUGUGUGUGUGUGUUGUGUGUUUGUAUAGACUAUUUUUGGCUGCCACACCACCAAAGUAGGACUCCCGUGGUUUUGAAAGUAUCUUACUUGUAUGUUACGAGCACAGUAGUGACUAUAU